CAAGCUUUUCUUGGUGGGAGGAAAGAAUAUUAAAAAAAAAAACGCAAAGGCGAACACAAACGAACAAAAACCAUUUUUGAGAGAGGGAGACAGAGCGAGAACCCUAAUCUUAAAAAUGAGCAACUGAUUCUGGGAGGGUUUUUCCUUCAUUUUCUUUCACUUUCUCGUCGGUUUUCUCUUUUCGUGGUGAUCGUGACUAAAAUGGCGAGUGAGUCUGGGGCAAAAUCUUCUCCUUUUUCUUCUUCUUCGAAUGCCGCGGAAUCUUACAUAGGGAGCUGCAUAAGCCUCAUUUCCAAGUCCGAGAUUCGCUACGAGGGCGUCCUCUGCUACCUCAACGUCCAGGAUUCCACUAUUGGCCUCAACAAUGUUAGGUCUUAUGGAACAGAGGGGCGAAAGAAAGAUGGCCCUCAAAUUCCGCCAGGUGAUAAGGUGUAUGAGUACAUUCUUUUCCGAGGAAAUGACAUUAAAGACUUGCAAGUUAAGUCCUCCCCAGCUGCCCAAGCAGAGCAGAUUCACAAUGAUCCUGCUAUCAUCCAGUCACACUAUACUGGGAUGCAUUCAAAUUCUUCAUUUGCUUCAAAUGGUGGUAAAACUUUGACAGUGUCAACUCAAUGGCAAGAUACCCCUGCUUUGAAAAGUAGGGCCUAUCCUGGUGCGCUGCCUUCAUAUCAAUCUGUAACCCAGGUGGGCCAAUUGGAUCACGUACUGGCUACACAAGGCCUAUCUUCUUCUACGCCAUUGUCUUGGCAAGGGCAUGAUGGAACAUCAGUCAGUGUAUCUCAUGCUUCACAGCAACCUAUACCUUUUCAAUCCCCAUCAUCUGAAUCAUUUCCCCUGACAAUGCCUCGUCGGUUGCAGGCUCCUGAAAUUCAAGUAUCUACAACCCCCUGCCUGCUGAAUACAUCAGAAUUUGGUACUCCUGUAUCUUCAUCUAUUGCUUCUGCAUCUGUACAUCCAAAUUUGUCAGCCUCACUUAGUCCAGUUUCUCUUGAUAUGCCAUCCUCUUUGUCCAUAAAGUCAUCUUUACCGCAUUCUGCAUCUGUGACUGCUAAUGGAUCAAAUCUAUCUUCGUUUCCUUCAUCCUGCAUAGACAUAAAGGCCAGUGAAGCUCAAAUUGUUGGUAAAGCUGUUUCUGACCCAAGAUUGGUUCCUGUCCAGCACAUGCCUUAUCCUACCUCUCCAUUUGUGGAUUCUUUAGGCCCCUUGCUAACACCAUCUCCAUCUUUGGUAUCUCCUGAUCAAUUAGCUCAGUCUAGACCACGUCCGCAUUCUUCCACACAGAAAUUGUACCCUGAUAAGAGUGAUUUAAGUGCUCCAACACCGGCAUCAUCUAGAUCUUCACCAUUAAUUUCUAUGCCAGUAUCUCAAGCACCUCUUUUACCAUUGCCGAAUUCUUCACAACAGUCUCAGUACUCAGAUGUGCAAUUCACCGAAGAAUUCAAUUUUAUAGCCAUGAAUGAGAAGUUCAAAAAGGAUGAAGUAUGGGGUUAUCUUGGAAAGACGAAGGAUAAAACAGAGGGAAUACAGGACUAUGCAAGUGGUCAGAUCUUGGGGAACAGAGAGGGUCAUGGCUUGAUACCUAAUCCUAACUCUGCAUAUAAUAAGGAUGAGUUCUUUGACACAAUUUCAUGUAAUUCGCUCAAUCGUGGAGCUAGGAAUGGACAGAACAGGUUCUCUGAGCGAAUUAAGCUGGAUACUGAGACAUUUGGCAAUUUCCAACAGAGACCCGAUGUACGUUAUGGUGGAUAUGCUGCUGGACGUGGUAAUUACUGGGCAUCAUAUAACUUUGAAAGGGGACAUGGCUAUGGUGGAAGGGGGCGUGGUGGGAACACGCCUUUCUAAUUCUAUCUGAAUCUCAGUAUCUUCAGGCAACCAUGGUUUCUUCUGUAUAUCAUGGUUCUACUUUGUCUUUUUUACCUCAUUGACAAAUUUACCUCCUUUUUGACCUUUGGCUUUAUGAGCAAUGAAUCUCAAGGUAAAUGAUGUUGACAUCUUAUCUUGGUGUUUUCAUCUUGAGAUGCUUGGUAGGAACUAUCAGAAUUACCAAUUAUGGCAGGUUCAUGUUAUUUUUUUGCCCAUGACCUGGCCUUUUACAUUUGCCUUUUUUAAGCAGUGUCAUCAACAAACAAAUUGGUAAUUUUUUUUUUAAAGUGAUAUCUUAUUAGAAA